GAGCGGAAACCUCCGAAGGCAGCCGAGCGUCCGGCUUCGCGGACUGAGGAGGAGAGAGGUUCAUUUGCUCAGACACGGAUUAAUUCCUCAUGAAAUCUAAUGGAAAAACUGCUGGCUUGUAGGAACAAUUUAGAGUGGAAUUGCUGCUUUAUAGGGAAGAAGCCUUGCCCCACAUUGCAACUGACCUAUUAUUGAAUUACCAGAUAACUGCCAGAGGAUCAACAUAGAGGAGCAGAGUGAAUCUUUACACAGCGCCCUGUUACAGGAACUUUCAGCACAGUAUUGCAACAGGCAGGGGCUCCAUAUGCCGUACCACAUGAAAUGAACAAAGGACCCCAACCUAUUGGAGGAUCUCCAGCAGCCCCACAUCCCUCCCCUUCCCCUGGAAUCUCACAGCCUGCCUAUCCCUCUGGCCAGACAACUACUCCAGUGGUUUUUGCACCACCGCAACCUCCACAAAUGAACACUCAACCACAACCACGGCAGUUUGCUGCAGGUCCUCGAGCUUUACAUCAGCAGCAGUACUAUCAAAACAGAGCCCAGCCACAGAAUAGUGCUUCCAGGGUUCAGAAUAAUACAACGACUCGACCUGUGCCCUCUGCCCAUGUCUACCAGCCUGGCUCUCAGACUAUUAUGAUGAUGACGCAACAGAUACCCACAUAUCCAUCAUCAGGACCGCCUUACUAUAUUCCACAAGGCCAGUUCCGUUCUACGUAUGUACAGCCACCUCAGCAGUACCCCGUCCCUCCUGGACCAGGAUUUUAUUCAAGCCCGAGCCCUGGGGAGUUCCCUUAUGGAACCUAUUACCCAGCAGCGCAGGGAGUGCAACAAUAUCCUGCCCCAGUGGCUUCGGCCACUGUUAUGAUAAACCCAGCACAGCAACAGAUGCCUCCAAAGAGAGAACGAAAACAGAUCCGGAUAAGAGAUCCAAACCAGGGUGGAAAAGAUAUCACAGAAGAGAUUAUGUCUGGAGGACGGUCUGGCUCAACACCAACUCCUCCACAGUCCGCAGGAACUUUGGAAGGUGGUGGUGCAGUACAAGCCAACGGUGAAAGUCCUCAUUCAGUACCAAUAGUUAUCCGACCAGAUAAACCAAAGUCUCCUGCUGUAGUAAUGAAGCCAGUGGAGCAGCCGAGUAAAGUUGAGGAACCUGUUUCUGUACCUGAGGAGGUGGCGGAGAAUAAACCUGAAGUUGACACUAAAAGAAACUCUGAAGAGAUGCCAGAGAGCCAAGCCAUUGAGCCGGAUGACACUACAGACCCCAUCGUCACUUCUGACGUGCCUAAAACAGAAACUGCACCGCCUGAUAUUAUUAAUAAUAUUAACGAUGAUAAUAACAAUAAUAAUGAUGAUGACGGUGAUGGGACGAACCCUUUGGUAGAACCUGUUUCCCUGCUUCCCGCUGCUGUAGAAAUGCAAACAGUUGAGGCAGACGAGGAGCAAGAGCCACUGCAGGAGGUGGAGGACGAGGUAUUACCGGUGAAGGACGAGACGUUACCGGUGAAGGACGAGACGUUACCGGUGAAGGACGAGGUGUUACCGGUGAAGGACGAGGUGUUACGGGUGAAGGACGAGGUGUUACGGGUGAAGGACGAGGUGUUACCGGUGAAGGACGAGGUGUUACCGGUGAAAGACGAGGUGUUACCGGUGAAGGACGAGGUGUUACCGGUGAAGGACGAGGUGUUACCGGUGAAGGUCGAGGUGUUACCGGUGAAGGACGAGGUGUUGCCGGUGAAGGACGAGGUGUUGCCGGUGAAGGACGAGGUGUUACCAGUGAAGCAAGAGGUGUUACCGGUGAAGGACGAGGUGUUACCGGUGAAGGACGAGGUGUUACCGGUGAAGGACGAGGUGUUACCGGUGAAGGACGAGGUGUUACCGGUGAAGGACGAGGUGUUACCGGUGAAGGACGAGGUGUUACCGGUGAAGGACGAGGUGUUGGCGGUGAAGGACGAGGUGUUGGCGGUGAAGGACGAGGUGUUGGCGGUGAAGGACGAGGUGUUGGCGGUGAAGGACGAGGUGUUGGCGGUGAAGGACGAGGUGUUGGCGGUGAAGGACGAGGUGUUGGCGGUGAAGGACGAGGUGUUGGCGGUGAAGGACGAGGUGUUACCGGUGAAGGACGAGGUGUUACCGGUGAAGGACGAGGUGUUACCGGUGAAGGACGAGGUGUUACCGGUGAAGGACGAGGUGUUACCGGUGAAGGACGAGGUGUUACCGGUGAAGGACGAGGUGUUACCGGUGAAGGACGAGGUGUUACCGGUGAAGGUCGAGUUGUUACCGGUGAAGGACGAGGUGUUACCGGUGAAGGACGAGGUGUUGGCGGUGAAGGACGAGGUGUUGGCGGUGAAGGAUGAGGUGUUACCGGUGAAGGACGAGGUGUUACCGGUGAAGGACGAGGUGUUGGCGGUAACAGAGAUGGUGGUGGAUGCGGUGGUGGAAGAGAAGGAGGAAAUAGUGGAGGAGGUGGUGGUGAUGGAGGAGGAGGGGGUGGUUGUGCAGGAGGAGGAAGUGACGCAGGUGGUGAAGGAGGGAGAAAAAGUAAAGGAAGAGCUGGUGGUGGUCGCUGCUGUUGUUGCUAAUGAACCCAUCACAAAAGACUUAUCGGUGGAAAGCAACGGUGUAGAGCUGCCAAAAACCGAGGUGGCUCAAGAGUCCGUAGCUCCAGUGGAAUCCGCGCUGGAUUCGCCCAUCGCGCAACCAGAGGAAUUGAAUCUGACGAACGGCCUGGAGCCACUGCUGGAGCGGGAUUCCGAGGUGUCAAAAGCGCAGCCCGAAUCGGAUGUCAGCCCCAUCUCCGAACCAGAGGUGACGAAAGCCGAAAGUGCGGCAGUGGAGCUGGACCCCGAGGAGAAGGAGGAAGAGGACAUGGCAGAGGGAGACGACCAGCUCCAGGACACCUCACCAACAGCAGCCGCUUGUUCCCAGAUCUUUGACAAUUCAGCACAAGCCGCAGCAGUCUCCGUGCCAAAGAGGAAGAGGAAGAUGAAGGAGCUGAACAAGAAGGAAGCAGUCGGUGACCUAUUAGAUGCUUUCAAAGAGUCUGAAGUAAAGGAGCUUACCACAGACAAUGAGGCUCUGCCCCCUGCUGUAGCAACUGAUGUGAAUGAGAGGAUUCCUACCCGCGAUGAGCCUGAGGAGACCUGGGAAGAAAAGGAGGAUAAACUGGGCACGAAGAACAUCAAGCCGGAUGCAAUCAAAAUCUUAGAUCAGAAAUACCAAUAUAAAGAAGAAAAUUGGAAACCGCUUAAUCCAGAGGACAAGAAGAAGUAUGACCGUGAAUUUCUCUUGGGCUUCCAGUUUAUCACAGCGAGCAUGCAGAAACCCGAGGGUCUGCCUGCCAUCAGCGAUGUUGUUUUGGAUAAGGCAAACAAGACUCCACUUCGCCCUCUUGAUGCGAGCAGACUAACUGGAAUGAGUUGUGGGCCAGACUUCACCCCUACUUUUGCUAAUCUGGGAAGGCCACAAAUUCUAAGAGGCCCACCUACAGGUGUCGGCCCUAGAAGAUCUCAGCAAAGCCAGAGGAAAGAUCAUCCUCAGCGUAAAAUCAUCCCUAGCGUCCCUAUGAACGACGAAAUCCAACUCAAGAAAUCAGAGAAUGCAUGGAAACCUGGUGUGAAGAAACCAAGUGAGGAGGAUGAACCAGUCUUGGUGCAAACCCAGGAGCUGUUCCGCAGAGUGCGCAGUAUUCUGAACAAGCUCACACCCCAGAUGUUCCAGCAGCUGAUGAAGCAGGUGGCAGAUUUAACCAUCGACACCGAAGAGAGGUUAAAGGGUGUGAUCGAUCUGGUCUUUGAAAAGGCCAUUUCCGAACCCAACUUCUCUGUUGCCUAUGCCAACAUGUGCCGCUGUCUCACUACACUGAAAGUUCCAACGUCAGACAAGCCAGGAGCCAUGGUGAACUUCCGCAAGCUGCUGUUAAACCGCUGUCAAAAGGAGUUUGAAAAAGACAAAGACGAUGAUGCGGUGGUCGACCAGAAACAGAAGGAAAUCGACGCCGCUGUUUCGUCUGAAGAGAAGACUCGUCUCCAAGAGGAGCUGGUGUAUGCCAGAGACAAAGCCAGGCGACGAUCGCUUGGAAACAUCAAAUUCAUUGGUGAACUCUUCAAAUUAAAAAUGCUAACAGAGCCAAUUAUGCACGACUGUAUAGUAAAGCUGCUAAAGAAUCAUGAUAUGGAGUCGCUGGAGUGCCUGUGCAGGUUAUUAACUACAAUAGGCAAAGACUUGGAUUUUGAAAAAGCCAGACCUAGAAUGGAUCAGUAUUUUAAUCAGAUGGAAAAGAUAAUUAAAGAAAGGAAAACUUCAUCUAGGAUUCGUUUUAUGCUGCAAGAUGUGAUCGACCUUCGACGGAACACCUGGGUGCCUCGCAGAGGUGACCAGGGACCCAAGACACUGGAACAGAUUCACAGAGACGCUCAGAUAGAGGAGCACCAAAACCAGCUCAAAGUUCAGCAACAACUUCUGACUAAACAGGACAAGAGGAGAGGGACUGGAGGCAGCAGCGGUGGUGUCAGUGGUGGCAGGAGCAAUCAGGGGGUGGAUGAAGCGGGGUGGAACACCGUGCCAAUUGCUAAGAGUAGCAGACCUAUCGACCCCUCUCGGUUAUCCAAGAUUACUAAGCCUGGAGCCAUCGAUUACAGCAAUCAGCUGCUGGCCCCCGGAGGCCGCCUUAGCUGGGGCAAAGGGAGCAGCGGUGGAUCUGGGAGCAAACCCAACGAUGCAGGUGUGGAUCCAGGCAGGGCAGCCACAGCCACUUUGAACAGAUUCUCUGCUCUGCAACAGUCAUCCACAGAUAGCUUCGAUGCCCGCAGGGUUGUGCCCAGGACUAGUUCAAGUCGAGAUCGGAGUGAGAAGGGGGAUCGAGAGCGAAGCGAAAGGAUCGAGAGGUUAGACAAACCAGAAAAGGCCGAGCGCAUCGACAAGAGCGAGAAGAGCGAGCGAUUCGACAAGCCCGAACGGGUUGAAAAGAGCGAGAAAAGCGACAAGACCGACAAGACGGAGAGAAGCGAGCGCAACAGGCCUCUGCUCACAAAGAGGAGCUACAGCAAAGAAGUGGACGACCGGAGUAGGGAGAGGGAACGUCGCAGCUCACAGGAACCAGUCAGGCGGGUUUCCAGCAUGACAGAGGAGAGGGACCGAGGGCACGAGAGGGACCGCAGCAAAGAGGCUGUUAAACUUGAGCCCAUCUCCACACCAGUGCCAUCCAAGUCUGCCCUGUCUGAGGAGGAGCUGGAGAAGAAAUCCAAGGCCAUUAUUGAGGAAUACUUGCAUAUCAAUGACAUGAAGGAAGCGUUGCAAUGCGUACAGGAGCUCGACUCGGCCAAGGUCUUGCACAUCUUCGUGCGAAGCGGCGUUGAGUCGACUUUGGAGAGGAGCGCGAUCGCGAGGGAACACAUGGGGAUGCUGCUCUAUCAGCUCGUCAAAGCUGGGACUCUGUCAAAAGAACAGUAUUUCAAAGGGCUACACGAAAUUCUGGAGGUGGCUGAAGAUAUGGAGAUCGACAUCCCACAUAUAUGGCAAUACCUAGCCGAGCUCAUUGAUCACAUGCUGCACGAGGGAGGAAUACCGAUGGGAGAGCUCUUCAGAGAGGUAGCCAGGCCGCUUGUUUCCAUUGGAAAAGCUGGGAUUCUGCUUGCUGAUCUGCUAUCUUUACUUUGCAAAGCAAUGAGCCAGAAGAAGGCGGGUUCCUUGUGGAGAGAGGGAGGUCUGAGCUGGAAAGAGUUCCUUCCUGAGGAAGAGGACAUUAACCAAUUUGUCAUUGAUAAGAAAAUCGAGUUCACUUUGGACGAUGAACCCAGUCCUGAAGAAGCACCAAGCAAAAAGGAACUGACUUUGGAUGAACUGUGCGACCAGCUGGAUAAACUGAUUGAGGAGAAAGCUGAGAACCAAAGACUAUUUGACUGGAUUGAGGUUAACCUGGAAGAAAAGCAAAUACCCUUAACCAUGCUCAUCAGAGCAUUGAUGAAAUGUAUCUGUCAUUCUGCCGUUGUAUUUGACAACCCCAUCCAUGUGAGUACAUCAGUAAUCCAGAACCGAGCAAAAGUCCUACAGAAAUAUCUGAAUGCUGACCCCCAACGUGAACUACAAGCACUCUAUGCCCUUCAGGCCUUAAUGGUCGUAUUAGAGCAGCCACCAAAUUUGCUUAGGACAUUUUUCGACGUUUUGUACGAUGAGGACGUUAUAUCUGAAGAAGCCUUUUACCAAUGGGAAUCGAGUAAAGACCCAGCCGAGCAGCAAGGCAAAGGCGUAGCGUUGAAAUCCGUGACCGCUUUCUUCACCUGGUUAAGAGAGGCCGAAGAAGAGUCCGAAGGGAAUUAGAAAUCAUUAUUGACAGAUGCCAAUCGCAUGGCUGAGCGCAUUAGACAGACGAGAACUGUCCACUGAGAGUUUUUGCACAAUCAAGUGCUCAAUUCCGAGGACGGCUAUUUCAAUAAACUGGGAAUAAAACCCUUGGUACUUCAAGGUUCAUCUAUUUUUUAACAUCUACAGUUCAUGUCUAACAAAAAAAAACAAUGUAACUAUUUAGAAGCGAGCAGGGCUGUUGCAAAAAAAAAAGGCCCUUAAAAUUAGGUGGUUGUCGAGGGCAUAGGAAGGCAGUGGGGAUUUUUUUCUGAUUUUUUUUUGUUUUGUUUUUUAAUAAAAUGGUGGAUACCUUGUUAAGACCAACGCUUCAAACCGAUCGAAGGAAUCCCAGGCUGUAUUGACUUGGCUUCCCUACGCUAGAUUUAUUAUUUUUUUUGUUGGGGGAACUGGUCGGAAACCCCUUUGUUCUUAUGCCUACGAGUUGUAUUAAACAAACAAACAAACAAACAAACAAACAAAAAAAAAAGCCUUGAACAAGCCUGUAGUGGAUUUUAAACAAAAUCAAUAAGAGUUUAACCGUUUAAUUUAGACAAAACAGGGAGAGAGAGAGAGAAAAGUCGGGGGGAGGGUGGGGGGGGCGGAGGGGGGGGGGAAAGAACAGUGCAGUUCCUAGACGAUUCUACUUUCGUGUAGAACCGUUUCAGGACAGUUCUGUAAAUAAAUGUUUUGCAAUAUUGCUGAUGUAAUGCCAUGUUAUUUCGCUGCCUUUGAUAAAGCGCAGCCCGGUCUCCUGUAUUUAUAGAAUUCCUGAGUUCAUAAGGUGCUUGUAAUUAUCAACAAGAAUGAAUCCUUCACUGAUUACAGUUUAAAAUGAUAUGUGUAAAUACUUUUGCUUUAUUAAGUAUUUAAUUAAAAAUUAAUGCCUCUUUUCACGUCCAAAAACUGGAAAAUAAAGAACAUAUUGCAAUGUAA